ACCUGGAACUCAUACCGCUUUUUUGAGGGAAACGGCAAACUGAAGGAGGUUAUGUGGCCUGGAGUGGUGUUCUAGGGAAGAGAAAUGUUAAUUGUGCCGCGUGUUUGUGUUGUUUGGUGUUCAGACGACCACAAGAUUUAUUACAUUCCUGCACAAGACAAAUUCAGCAAGAGGGAGAUGGUUCAGCUGCACGUCAAACGAGGAGAUGAGAGUCAGAUUCUCUUCAGUGCUACAGUGGAUGUCUCGAUAGAGACACUGACCCAGCAGGUCUGCGCCAUCUAUAAUGGGAGAUUAAAAGUGGACAGGAUCUGCUCUGAAAUUCCAGAGCUGGCAGAUCAUGGCAUCUCUCUUCCACUGAAUAUGCAAGGCCUGACCGAUGAUCAGAUCAUGGAGCUCAAACUAAAGGAUGAAUGGGAAGACCGCUGUAUUCCCAGCGGUGGUGCUGAGUUUAAGAAGGAUGAGCUCGGGCGUCGAAAUGGACAUGCUCCAAACGAGAAGAUGAAAGAAGUUUUAAGGAAAACAGUGGAGGAAGCCAAAGCUUUAAUCUCAAAUAAACAAGUGCAAGCGAAUGUUUGCUUUACCAUGGAUAUGGUCAAAGAGGCUUUGGAUCAGUUGCGAGGAGCUGUGAUGAUAGUUUACCCAAUGGGGCUGCCUCCACAUGAUCCAAUAAGGAUGGAGUUUGAAAAUCAAGAGGAUCUUACUGGAACACAGGCCUCAUUACAGGUGAUCCCAGAAGAAGAGGCUCAACUGUGGUGGGCGUCUAAAGAACUGCAGAGGGGCAAAAAGCUGCAGGAUUAUGUUGGGAAAAAUGAGAAAACAAAAAUUAUUGUGAAAAUUCAGAAAAGAGGCCAGGGUGCACCAGCGCGAGAACCACCAGUGAGUGAAGAAGAACAAAAAAAGAUGAUGCUGAACUAUUACAAGAGGCAGGAAGAUCUAAAAAAACUAAAAGAGGGAGAUGAUGACUCGUAUCUUCAGUCCGAUUGGUCAGACAGACAAGCUCUAAAAAGGCAGUUCCAGGGACUCACAAAUAUCAAAUGGGGCCCAAGAUAGAUGAACAGAGAAAAUCACAGCUGAUCUACAGUUACUUUCCAUUUGGCAAAUCAGAGAUCUCUAGACUCUACCGCUGCUGUUUUUAUGCAAUUUGGUGCCUUCAUUACAUAUGAAAGGUAUUUAUGAGACUGUAAAUGUGUUAAUACAAAGCAAGAGACAUCAAAUUUCUCUGUUCUGAUUUAUUGGCAGAAGGAUGCAACACCUUUCCUCUUUUUGUCUGUGCCUCUGGCAGUAAGUCAAUUGAAACUUGAUGCUGUUUAAAGACAGGAUGUUGCCGUGCAGCUCUAAGGAUCGCACCACAGAGUUCAUUUGGAGAGCAUUGAGAAGGAAUUACAGAACAUUUUGGUAUCCUUAAGGCAAAAGAGAGGUUAUAGUAUCGGGAGGUGUGAUGUUGUGUAAUAAAAGAA